GGUGUCACGUUUCAGAGCGUCGUGAGCUGCAAGGGACGUGUGGAUAACCUAACGAGGCCUUCGUGCAAGUCGUUUACUGUUUGCCCAAAUUAAGACGAGAAGAUUGACGCUGUUGCUGCAUGUCCUGUAAAAGUUAAUGUAGUUAGAAGCUCUUGGGCCUUUCAACGCAGUUCCAUGCAGUCGGAGGUUUUAACAGUGACACACUUUUACACUGUUUAGCUGGGUCCUUGCAAUGAGAAUUGCUUUCCUGUUGUUGUGCUUUUGUGUGGAUCCUCUCUGGGGUCAGUCGUCUGUGACACCUCCUAAUGUUGCUAGCGUCUCUGUAAAGGCCCGGACUGAGACAGAGCUGACCUUGGAAUGGAACAAAGUGACCAAUGUCGGUUACGUUCUGAAAUACUUUAAUGGAACAGAGAUUCCACUUAGCGCAUCGAUGAAUGGCUCCAUGGUGACGUACACAGUCUCCUCUCUCUCUGCUGGGACUAAAUACACCUUUACUUUGUACACUGUGCUUAAAGGUGUACGGAGCAGUGGAUUCCAGUUCACUGUAGUUACUAGUCCUUCUAAUGUUGCCAGUGUUUCUGUAAAAGCUCGUUCUGAGAUUGCAGUAACGCUUGAAUGGAAAAAAGUGCACAACAGGUAUUCUUACAUUUAUCUACUGAGGCACAACAAGACUGAGACGUACACUCCUAUCUACUGGGGAGGGUCUGUAGCGACAUAUACUGUCUCAUCGCUUUCUCCUGGGACCAAAUACAACUUCACUCUCUACACAGUAUUUGGAGGAGAAAGGAGUAGUGGGUACAACUUUUCUGUGGUCACCAUGCCCAUCAAUGUUCCUAGAGUUAAUGUGAUGCAGCAGAGUGAAAAUUACCUGGUGCUGUCUUGGGAAAAAGGGAACGGCAAUAACAUCAGCUACAUUCUGGUGCACAGCAAUGGGACCGAAACCUCAAUUACUGACUCGGACAAAAAUUCUCCAGUCACCUAUACAGUUACAUCACUCUCUCCAGGGACCAAAUACACCUUCACCCUCUAUACUGUGUUCGAAGGUGUGAGGAGCAGAGGCCUGAAAUUCUCUUCAGUCACAGUUUCCCGGACAGUGACUGGCCUUCGCUGUGAGCGUGUGUCUGGUGGCAGGGCUUUAGUUUUGAUAUGGAAUGCUCCAGCUGGAACAUGGACUGGAGUGGAGGUGCUAGUGGAGGGAAGGAAUCCUCAGUACUCAAAUGGAACAAGGCUCGAGAUCCGUGAUCUUCAACCUGCACGCUGGUAUCAUCUGACACUGAAGUUGCUCUCGGGAGCUAUAAGGAGUGCUACGGUGUCGGUCAGCUGUCAGACUGAUCCCAAAGGAGUGAUAGCAGGAGCAACAUUGGCUGCUCUGUUCGUUGUUUUCGUUAUUUGUCUCGGAGUUUGUAUGAAGUGCAGGCGGUCUGUUCUUAACAGAAAAAGCCAAAGAGAGAAACCUACCCAUUCUGCACCAAUUCAAGGACUCGAAGAAGGUGGGCAUAAUGCUCCUGUCCAGGCAAAAACAAGGGCAUCUGUUCAGAAGAAGCACCUUUCACGUAAGCAAAAAAGCAUUAAGCCCUUGCAGGACAAUCCAUACCAAAGCCCUAGAUGUCACUAAACUGCAAGGAUACUGGUGUAGAGAAAGGAGAGAAGCUGAGGGUGUGUUUAAGGCUGCAAGAGCAUGAACUGAUCCUUUUCUUGGUUUGUUCUUUUGACACCAUGUUAUAAAUGAUUUCUGUUUCUUGAAUGUCACCUCAUGUUAAUAAUCUUAGCCCAAACAACAAAUUAUGAAUAUGUAAAGAAUCUAAAUGCUGCUGUAUUGAGGCAUAUCCAGAUGUCCAUCUAUUUUAUUUAUUUUUUUAAAUAGGUUGAAAUGUAGUGUUAUGGACCUUUAAGUAAAAGCAAUUUGUAAAUGGCUUAUAUAAUGUCUAGAGUAAAGUCAUUUAAAGUAAUAGGUCAAAUAGCCUAGUUACUUAAAUAUUGUUCUCUUGGGCAUUAUAAUUUGUAUGUGUGAAAUAUGUAAAUAUAUUUUCAUUACUUUGGUCUGGUAUCUUUCAAUAAAUGUAUUUUAGGAA